ACAUAUCCCAAACCUCAAAAAAAAAAAAAAAAAAAAACUAUGAUUUCUCAUUACGUUCUCUUUCUCCAACUUCUCUUCAUCCCACUAGCACUUUCACUCAACCAUCAACCCAACUGUGACCUCAGCACUCCAGCCCAAGGCUCAACCCUAAAAAUAUUCCACAUAGACAGUCCAUGCUCGCCCUUCAAACCCAAAACCCCACUCUCCUGGGAGGCGCGUGUGCUUCAGAUGCUUGCGGAGGACCAGGCCCGUCUCCGCUACCUGAGCAGCCUGAUCGCCGGAAAAUCCAAUGUCCCCGUGGCCUCCGGCCGUCAGAUCCUGCAGACCCCGACGUACAUUGUCCAGGCCAUGAUAGGGACUCCAGCUCAGCCGCUGCUUGUCGCCAUGGACACGAGCAGCGACUUCGCAUGGUUCCCGUGCACCGGCUGUAUCGGUUGCCCCUCUUCCACGGCGUUCUCUCCAGCUAAGUCUACGACAUUCAAGAAUGUUAGCUGCAACUCUGCUCAAUGUAAACAGGUCCCCAACCCCACAUGCGGAGGCAGCGCGUGCGCUUACAACCUCACCUACGGCAGCUCCUCCCUCGCCGGAAACCUCUCUCAGGACACUCUCCGCCUCGCCGCGGACCCUAUUCCGGCCUUCGCCUUCGGCUGCGUCCGCAAAGUCUCCGGCGGCGGAACCGUCCCUCCGCUGCAGGGCUUGUUGGGCCUCGGCCGAGGGCCGUUGUCGCUACUGUCCCAGUCUCAGCCUCUCUACAAAUCCACAUUCUCUUACUGUCUGCCUAGUUUCAGGUCACUUAACUUCUCUGGGUCGUUGAGAUUGGGGCCGACAGCUCAGCCGAUUCGUCUGAAGUUCACUCCUUUGCUCCGAAACCCUAGAAGGUCGUCGUUGUAUUACGUCAACCUCGUCGGGAUCCGGGUCGGCCCGAAAGUCGUCGACCUCCCUCCCGGAGCUCUUGCUUUCAAUCCGACCACCGGGGCCGGAACCAUCAUCGACUCCGGGACGGUGUUCACUAGACUUGUGAAACCGGUGUACGAGGCGGUCAGGGACGAGUUCAGGAGGCGCGUGAAGCCACGGUCCGCCGUGGUCACGUCGCUGGGAGGUUUCGACACGUGUUACAUGACGGCGAUCGUGGCACCGACGGUGACAUUCAUGUUCGCCGGAGUGAACAUGACGCUACCGGAGGAGAACAUGUUGAUCCACAGCACCGCUGGGAGCAACACGUGUCUUGCCAUGGCCGCCGCGCCGGAGAAUGUCAACUCCGUCGUGAACGUCAUCGCGAACAUGCAGCAGCAGAACCACCGCGUCCUCGUCGACGUUCCCAACUCUCGGCUCGGCCUGGCCCCCGCGCGUUGCUCGUGAGGACACGAUGCAUGGCGACAAGUUCCGGGGAUUAAAUCUCGCUAUCAAUGAAAUAAUUUUUUUUUAACUUGUUUGGUUUGUUGUUUGGAAUUUUUUUUUUGGUUAAGGAAUGUCAGUGGAUUAUUAGAGUGAGUAUGAAGCUGGAGACUUGGAGUUUUCUUAUAGCUUUAAUUUGAAAGAGUUUCUUUUUCCGGUUACAACUUAAAAAGGUAAUAAAAUGAUAAUUUUUAA